AUGUCGUUCCCUUCAGCUUCUCCGGAGCCAAAUCUCUCUCCUGUCAAUAAUUCUCCGAAUACCUCGCUGCCUAAUUUGACCGCUCCCCGCCACGUAGCUACGGAACCCCCGAGCUCGACCUCUCGCAGCUGUGUGACCUGCCGCCGCAGGAAAGUCCGGUGCAAUAAGAGGUCUCCGUGUUCAAAUUGUACCAAAGCCGGCAUCGACUGCAUCUUUCCUCCUCCUGGUCGUGCCCCGCGGAAAUCAAAGCGUCCACCGGACGCGGAGCUGCUUUCGCGGUUGCGUCGCUUGGAAGGUGUCAUUGAUCAUCUUAGGGGCAGUGGUAAUACAGAAGGUGCAUCGACCUCAACUCAGGCGUCUUCUUCUACAACUGGAUCUUCGACCGUUCGGAGUGAACCGACUGCGCCCACUUCUGUUUCGACCGAGCCAUCUUCUGUUUCGACUGAGCCACCGAACCAGGCUCCCUGUCCGUUCGAAGAAUCAGAUCCGAAGAAACUUGCUCCCAAUAAGUUUAAGAAUGAAUUUGGACGCUUGGUCAUUGAUGAAGGCCGGAGUCGAUAUGUCAGCAAUCGGCUCUGGGCUAGUCUUGGGGACGAGAUCGAGGAACUACAAGAUCUCCUUGAUCAUUCAUCGUCAGAGGAAGAUGACACGCCUUCACCGGAGUCCUCUCACUCGGGCUCACAUGACGGUUUCCUUUUUGGAUUUUACUCACUUUCACAGUCUCUUCGAGAGUUUCAUCCCUCCAUUUUCAAGGUCUCAAUACUUUGGGAAAAAUAUUGGGAAAAUGUGGCUCCGUUGAUCACCAUCGUACACAGACCGACUGCCAAAAAUCUGUUUGCCGAGGCAGCACGGAACCCAGAUACUCUGGACAAAAAUUCAGAGGCACUGUUAUUUGCCAUGUAUCUUUGCAGCAUUGUCAGCAUGAAGCCGGAUGAGUGCUUGUCCCAGUUCGGCGAAGCGCGACCUAUUGCCGUUAAGCGGUACAGGUUUGCUACAGAGCAAGCGUUGGCGAAAGCUGGGUUCUUGAAUACACAAAGCUUGGUUCUUCUGCAAGCCGCUGUCUUAUUCUUGGUAUGCGUGCGACGAGAAGAUGAUAGCAAGUUUGUGUGGUCCAUGACCUCGAUCGUAUUACGCCUUUCUCAGAGCUUGGGUUUACACCGGGAUGGCACAAAUUUCGCUCUGAAACCGUUUGAAACGGAGAUGCGACGCCGAUUGUGGUGGCAUAUCUCACUGUUGGAUGUGCGCUCAUCUGAAGACCAUGGGACGGACCCACUUAUUCACGAGAGCAUGUAUGAUACUCGGCUGCCAUUAAAUAUCAAUGACGAUGACCUGUCGCCCGACAUGGAGACAGCCCCAGAAGAGCGGGAAGGCUACACGGAUGUUACAUUCUGCCUCAUUCGCUGUGAGAUCACGAGCGCUUUGCGAAGAGCAAAUUACGUGUGUCCCGGGCCCCAGGUUCGUUUACCUAACAGUCUACCGCCCAUAGAUCGUGCCGGGCGGAUGAUUCAGAUUAUCAGUGAACGAUGUGAGCAACGGUAUAUCAGACACUGUGAUAUGAACAUCCCCAUGCAGUGGUGCACCGCCACAGUUGGGCGUCUGAUUCUGGCUAAAUUAUGGUUGAUCCUCCAUCACCCAAUGACCCGAAAAAGCCGCGGAAGUAAUGUGUCACAAGCAACGAGAGAGAGCUUGUUUCUGACUGCAAUUGAGGUCCUCGAGUUUGGCCACUUGCUUGAAGCUGAUCCCAAGACCUCCAAAUGGGGCUGGCUGUUCCGGACCAAUAUGCAAUGGCACGGAAUCGCAUUCGUUCUGUCUGAGAUAUGUGUCCGCCCAAUUUGCCCUAUUUCAGAUCGAGCUUGGAGCGCUGUCAGUGCGAUCUACGCGGAAUGGGCCACGCAGGCCACACAUAAGAAGGGCAUGCUGUGGCGGCCGCUCGCCGCCUUGAUGAAAAGAGCUGCUGCUACCCGGUCCAAGCAGAGGCAAGAAUUGCUAUCUACUUUUGGACCGGUGCCAGCCACAGUAGAGCCCAUUCAAAAUACCCUCGAUAGUCACGUUCUUCCCCGGGUUCAUAUACCAAUGGGGAUGCUGGAUUCGCCCUCGACAGAUCCAUCUGACCCAGCAGCACCAAUUAUAUAUGAUUCAGACUACAAUAUUGACCUCAGCAAUGGACCGUUGGGUGCUGUCCGAAACAUGUUCCCUGACACAAAUAUCCUAGCUACAUCAAACGGUAUAUUCGAUGCUCCACCAGCCCAGAAUAAUAUCUCGGCACCCAGCUUGUCCGCAAGCCUGCCCUACACCACAGGAAUGAGCAAUCCAUUCUUGAGUCAGACUCCUUUUCCCGAUGCCGGUCAACUCAGCUGGGAGGAAUGGGAUCAAGUCAUGCGUGAUUUCCAGAUGGAUAUUGAAAAUGACAAUUCUCAACCAACCAACGCAACUAAUUUUACCGAAUGGUCUGCUUAG